UCGAAUUCAGUGUUUGACCUUGCUCACAAACAUCCAUCUUAUCUACUGUGCUCAACCCUACAGUUUAUCAUUUUAGAAUUGAAGAUGCUAGUGUAAUUCUGCUACGAGAAAGGAGUGGAAGCUGGAUUAGGAGCAUUAAUAAUCGUGUGUAUGAUGGGUACAUUCUCGGUCCCCGUUGAACUUGAGCCCUUUCCCUUCUGGCAAGAUCCGCCAAAUUCUCAAGAGGGUUUUCGAUUCGACAUGGCUGUGACAGAGAAUAUUGGAGUUGAUAUGAGUUGGGAAAUUGAAAUUGAUGGGAUAAGAGGUGAGGGAUUAAUAGAGGAGAAAGAUGUGAGUGAUGAAGAGAUUGAUGCAGAGGAAUUGGAGAAGAGAAUGUGGAAGGAUCGUGUGAGGCUGAAGAGGAUCAAGGAAAGACAGAAGCUUGCUGAGAAGCAUAGGGCUGUAUCCUCGACUACAGACCAGGCGUGUCGGAAGAAGAUGGCGCGUGCACAAGAUGGCAUCUUGAAGUACAUGCUAAAGCUCAUGGAUGUCUGCAAGGCUCGCGGCUUUGUGUAUGGCAUCAUCCCUGAGAAGGGUAAGCCCGUUAGUGGCGCAUCGGAUAAUAUACGAGAAUGGUGGAAGGAGAAAGUGAAGUUCGACAGAAAUGGCCCUGCGGCUAUUGCCAAAUAUGAGGUUGAUUGCCUCUCUAGAGAGGAUAAGGGGGAUUCGCAGAGUGUCCUUCUUCAAGACUUGCAAGAUGCUACGUUGGGGUUACUUCUGUCGUCGUUGAUGCAACACUGUGAUCCGCCUCAGCGGAAGUAUUCGUUGGAGAAGGGCGUUCCGCCACCAUGGUGGCCGACAGGGGAUGAGGAAUGGUGGGCGAGACUGAGUUUACCAAAGGGCGUGACUCCUCCGUAUAAAAAGCCACAUGAUCUGAAGAAGAUGUGGAAAGUUGGGGUGCUAACUGCUGUGAUAAAGCAUAUGUCACCGGAUAUUGCAAAGGUUAGGAGACUAAUUAGGCAGUCGAAGUGUUUACACGAUAAGAUCACUGCUAAAGAGAGCUCGAUAUUGUUGGGAGUUCUGAGCAUGGAGGAAGCUCUUAUUUCGCAGCCAAGCAGCGAGAAUGGUUCAUCUGGUAUUGGAUCUGUUUCAUCUAAAGAUGAUGGGAAUCAGUGUAUGGAUUUAGUACCUGUUGAGACUCAAGUUCGUGCGGAUGGAAAAUUAGUCAAAAAUAAAAAGCAUGUCUUUGGCUGCCCAAGGAAAAUAAAAUUCCCAAAAUCAAGCACUGAGAACCUUCAGGAUGCUCCUCUAGACAAAAAUCAACACGAUGUUCAUGAGGUACUUGUGAUUCGUGUACAUAAUGACAACGCCCAGUUUAAUGGAUUUGCGGCCGUUGAGAGCCAGCCAGCGUUGGAAACACAAGCUUACUUAAACUACCUUUCCAUUUGUUGCUUAGUGCUUUGUUCUGCAGGCUUGCUUGCGUGUUUUGUAUGCUUCUUUUGAGGGAAUGUGAAGGUAUGGUUUGAAUAAAACAGGAGAGAAAAUAGAGGUAGCUGAGUCAGUUGUUCAGCCUAUAACAAAAUGAAGUCAUGUAAUAAAGAUGUUCAAACAGAAUCAGCCACAAGCUUUAACUUGAACAAGCAAAGACUUCCUCGUCUCUGUAUGCUCGUGAUUUGAUGCAUCAAGAGUGUUGUGACCUUGACUAGUUCUUUGCGAUCCUCACCGUUACAAGCUCGCUCUUUUGUGAUUAACGCAUUCAUCUUAUCUAUCUUUGUACCACACCUCUCUGAGAUGUCCUGCAUUGUUCCUGGAUAUGUAUUGUGGAUCACCAAAACAUGAUUUAUAUAGGCAAAAAAAGCGUUCAAAUAAACGAUCAGACGUUUCACUUCA